CCGCAGAGCCCCGGUGUGCGCAUCCCUCCCGGGCGGAUUUGGGACCCUCCCGGGUGGAUACGGCGUGGAGGAAGCGGGCAGAGCCGCGGCGGCUCGGCCGGGCUCGGGGCCGGCGGCAGGUGCCGCGGGAGCCCCGCCGCCGUGCCCCGCCGAGCCGCGGGGGCCGCCCGCUCCGCCCCCGCGGGACGCACUUUCCGCGCCCCGUGGAAACUCGGAGCCCCGUGGGCCGAGGGCGGUCGGGCAGCCAGGGGUCCGCCGCUCGCCCGCAGCCCCCAGCGUUCUCUCGGGGCGACCCGCCCGGCCCCGCCGCGGAGCGGCCACGGCCACCGGCACCGGCACCGGCAUCGGCGGGGGAAGCGCCGGCAGCGGGCCGGGAUUUUCCCUGGCUGGAGAGGGGGGAUUUGUUCCCAACUUCGUGGGCGCCGGUCGGUGAGGAGGGGCUGGGGAAGAAGCCUGGAUUUUUCAUCUUUUUCCUUUAUUUUUAUCAUUAUUAUUAUUAUUAAUAUUUCCCCUCCAGCGGUCAUUUAUAAAUUUCGGAGAUUUGUUCAAAGUGCAUGAAUUUUGAGGGCGAUCCGCUUGGAAUUGGUGGAUUCUCCAAGGCAGGAGCGGCGCGGCUGCAGCGCGGGGCCGGAGUCCGUGCCCGCAGCAUCACCCCCGCGGAGCCCCGCGGCUACCGGAGACACCGAGCCCCGCCGCGGCCGCAGCCCCGGCGCACCGAGCCCCCGCUCCACCGGGGCUGCUCCGGCAGGGAUGGAUCGUCGGUUUUCGUUUUAUAUCUUUUUUCUUGUUUUUUUCUUUUCGUUUAUUUUUUUUUCUUUUAAAAAUUUUUUAUGCUUUUUUAUUUUUAUUUUUUAAGUAGGGCUGCUUUUAAAUUUUUUCUUUUUUUUUCUUUUCUUUUUUUUUUUUUUUUUUUUUUUUGAGGGAUAAGAAAUUAGUAGAUAAAAUUAAACUCCUCGCGGUGCCAUUAAAUGGAACCCGGGAUGCGAAACGCCGCGGCUGCGCUCGAAACUUGUCGGGGCUGGAGCAGCGGCUCGGCGGGGCCGGGAAGCGGGAGCGGAGGGCGGCGGGAGCCGGCUCAGGGCCCAUGUGUCCUUCUUUUCCAGGCUCCAGCCGGAUUCCCCCUGGAAGAUCCCGCGAGCCCGGGAUGGGAAUCUCCGCUCCUGAUUGUCCAAACGCAAUUCUUGUGCGAUGGAGCCGUACGAACCAAGAAUUGUGUCUGGACAUCUGUAGCAGAGGUUUCACCUCCUCCGGCGGGGCUCCAGGACGGUUCUCGGGGCACAGGACGGAGUACGGACCUUCCCCGGGCCCGGGGCACGGCAGGUAACCGCUCCCGGCCGCGUCCCGGGGGUCGGGGCCAGGAUUUCAGGGACACUAAGGAAGCACCAGCGGCGGCUCCGCUCUGCUCGGCGCGGCCGAGGGUGCUCGGUUUUAAUGCGUCAAACACCGGCGGGAUCAUCACCGGGACGGGCAGCCCCGACCGGGCAGCCCCAGGCAGGGACGGCGGGGCCGAGCCUCGGGCACCGGCGCUUUGCCGGGGCCGGUGGGGCCGCAGACCGGCGUGGCGGGCGGGCACUUCGGCCCUGCGGCUCCAUCCCGGUUUAUCCUUCUUAUUUUUAUUUAUUUACCUAUUUUAUCAUUGCGGCUUAAUUCCAUUUAAUCUGCUUCGGCCCCCUGCGCCGGGACACUCUCUGGUGCUCUUGCCGCAGCCCCGCUGGCCCCGGGCACGCCGAGGCCGCUCCGGCCGUGCGGUGCCUCCGCCGGGCCGAGAAGCGGCCCCGCCGCUCGGGCACCGGUCCGGGCCGCGGGCACGGCCCCCGCCGCCGGGCAGGGCUCGGGCAGCCCCCGGAGCGGAGCAGCCUCCGCGGAACGGCGGCCGGAGCAAGGCUCGCUCGAACAGAGAGGCUUUAUGAAUCCACCAGCCAAACGGCUCGGCCGGGGCUGCCAAGGAAACCCAGGAGGAGGAGGGAAGCACUACAAGAUCCGAGCAGAAUUUCACCAAGAGCCUAUCUAGGACAAAGCUGGAGGGAAAGGAUGUUUUGAAAGGCUUUUAUUUCAGAAACUUUUUGUUGCUCUUGUUGUUACAGAAUUUUGCUGUACCCCUCUUCUCCAUCCCCCUGGCUUCCUUCAUCUUCCCAUUUCCAGCUUUUUUUAGCAGUGAUUGACAGCUUUUACUACAGCAGGAGCUAAGCCACCUGGGUCUAACCUGCACUAUCGAGGGGAAUAACAGCUCCUGGGGAAGGAACCCAUCUUUAUCCGAGCAAACAGCUGGGGGGCAUGAGAACAGACAAGCCCAGCCUAAGGCAGAGGCAGGGUAGAGGAAGGGCAGGCAGCAGUGCUGAAGAUGAACCUGCUUUUUCCUAUUGUGCUUCAGUCUGUUUCAAGCCACACGCCACGCAGGUUCCUUGUUCUUCAGCCAGCUUCUACCACCACCUGGAAUCCCCUUCCACUGUCCUGGCCCAGCUAAGCUAAGGGCCAGGAACUCAGGGCAGAGAAGAGCCUUUGGCCCGAAUGUCUCACUUACAAAUGGUGUGAGCUGGACUCGAGUUGCUGUGGCUGGAUUUGGAAAAGGCUGAAUAUCGGUUUGUCACCAGCAGUGGGUUGAAGCUGGGGCUCCUCAGAUGCAGAAGCAUCGUAGGCUGUGGGUGCCUGUAGUUACGCAGGUUGUGGAGGGGUAGAGAGAGAGGAGUCAGUGAAGUCAGCUGAGGGAAUCACUCUCUCUGCAUCAGAGGAAUUCCUCCGUCAGGCGCAGCGCGGGAAGGGCUCCUUGUGCGCAGCUCUCGGGGUGCUGGGCCAGGCUGCCUGAGCAGGGCUGGGCACCGGCUGCUCCCCACCUCCUCAGCAGCUGCUGAAGAUCCAGGGCUCUUAGAGCAGUACACGGUGCAGAGCAGCAGUGAGAGGCACCGGCGAGGCCUCUGCUCCACGACAGCCGCGGCUCGGGCAGGAGCUGCUGCGGGACUCUGCACGCCGCUGGAGCCGAAAGAGGUGAGCAGGGCAUGGGGGAGCGCAGGGGCACAGUCCUGGCCAGGCACUCCUGGAAGCUCAUGCAGCAUGUUUCAGACCUGUUGGUGCCAAUGCUAUCCUCUCUGAGCCCAUCCCUCUGCUCUCGCUGCAGCCUCCUGGCUGGCAGGGGCCAGCCUGUCUUUCUGAGGAAACUUCUGGAAAGCCAACAAACACCCCUGCCCCAGGAGAACCACACACACCCACUUCCACAGGACUUCCUCAGGACAUGCAGCAAGAAACUCUCCCUCCCACUGACACAAAGGGUUAAAAGUCACUGACUUUCUCAGGUCUUGGCACUUUAACUGUGCAUCUCCAGCCCCAGCCCUUCUCCAGCCAGACUGCAGCUCCCACCUGCACAGAAUGCAGCACAGCCCGAUCAAUUCUGUCUAUCACAGUGACAGAAAGAUCAUUUGCUGCCCUGAUCACCCUGUGCUGUCUCAGGCUGGGUGAGGGUUUGUUUUCCCUCCAACCAAGUCAUUAUAAAUUGACAUCAUUCAUGGGCCAGUUCUUCACCCUGCCUCAGCUCUGGUACGAAAGCAGCAUGAGGGAUAAGAAAUACAAAACCCAAAAGGCCUAUUUCUCUCCUGCUUCCUAUAAAUAAAUAUCAUGACAAGGUGCAAGUCACUUCUGAGGGCUCUGGAACUACCAUGUUUGCUACCCCAUGGAAAAGCUAUUCAAGCCCCCUUUUGUUUCCUUGCACUUUGUCACCCUUCCCAUGGCUGGUGCAGAGACUGUACCAACAUUAAGCAUUGUGUUAAAAGAAUCCUGGUUCCCAGCACCAGAACACCUCACUGCAUGUUAAGACAUGCUAUCCUACUCAGGGUUCAGCACCCCUCUUCCUCCUGUCA